GAGGGAGCUGCGCGCCGGCUUCCCCUCCCGCUAGGCCCCGCCCGCCUCUCUCUUGCUUCGUCUGGGAGGGGCUCACGGCUCAGUCCGACAGCUGCUUCCUGCUCCGACAGCCUACCCGCUCAGGGCCGCUAGUUCAUUCCGCUCCCGGUCUUCCCCAAGUGACCCGUGCAAGAAGACCUCCUAGCACAGUUCUGCGCCCGCCGUCACCUCCGCCGCCGCGCCCCAGCUCCGUAGGGAGGGCCUUGUCCGCAGCCUCCGCACGCGUCCCGCCCGCCCCGCCGCCCUCCGGCCAUGCUGUCCUUCCAGUACCCCGACGUGUACCGCGACGAGACGUCGGUACAAGAUUACCAUGGGUCUAAGGUCUCUGACCCCUAUGUUUGGCUUGAAGAUCCAGAUAGUGAACAAACAAAGGCUUUUGUGGAGGCCCAAAAUAAGAUUACAGUGCCCUUUCUUGAGCAGUGUCCUGUUAGAGGUUUAUACAAAGAAAGAAUGACUGAAUUAUAUGACUAUCCCAAGUAUAGCUGCCACUUCAAGAAAGGAAAAAGGUAUUUUCAUUUUUAUAAUUCAGGACUGCAGAACCAACGAGUGUUAUAUGUACAGGAUUCUUUAGAUGAUGAAGUCAGGAUAUUCCUUGAUCCAAACAAGCUUUCUGAUGAUGGCACUGUGGCUCUUCGAGGCUAUGCAUUCAGUGAAGAUGGUGAAUAUUUUUCCUAUGGUCUGAGUUCCAGUGGUUCAGACUGGGUAACUAUCAAAUUUAUGAAAGUUGAUGGACACAAGGAUCUUCCAGAUGUUUUAGAAAGAGUCAAGUUUAGUUGCAUGGCUUGGACCCAUGAUGGAAAGGGGAUGUUCUACAACUGCUACCCUAAACAGGAUGGAAAAAGUGAUGGCACUGAGACAUCCACAAAUCUUCACCAGAAGCUAUUCUACCAUGUUUUGGGGACUGAUCAAUCAGAGGAUAUUUUGUGUGCGGAAUUUCCUGAUGAGCCAAAGUGGAUGGGUGGAGCUGAGUUAUCUGAUGAUGGUCGCUAUGUCCUGUUAUCAAUAAGACAAGGAUGUGAUCCAGUUAACAGACUCUGGUAUUGUGAUUUACAGCAGGAAUCCAAUGGCAUAACAGGAAUUUUGAAUUGGGUGAAGCUGAUAGACAACUUUGAUGGAGAAUAUGAUUAUGUGACAAAUGAGGGGACAGUUUUCACCUUCAAGACAAAUCUUCACUCUCCUAACUACCGGCUAAUCAAUAUUGACUUCAAGGAUCCAGAUGAAUCCAAGUGGAAAGUGCUUGUUCCUGAACAUGAAAAAGAUGUUCUUGAAUGGGUGUCUUGUGUCAGGUCCAACUUUCUGGUAUUAUCCUACCUCCAUGAUGUCAAAAACAUUCUACAGCUGCAUGAUCUUACCACUGGUUCACUCCUCAAAACAUUUCCACUAGAGGUCGGCAGUAUCGUGGGAUAUAGUGGCCAAAAGAAAGACACUGAAAUCUUUUAUCAGUUUACUUCCUUCUUAUCUCCAGGUAUUAUUUAUCACUGUGAUCUUACCAGAGAGGAAUUGGAGCCCAGAGUUUUCCGAGAGGUGACUGUGAAAGGAAUUGAUGCUUCUGAUUACCAAACUGUCCAGGUGUUCUACCCCAGCAGAGAUGGCACGAAGAUCCCAAUGUUCAUUGUGCAUAAGAAAGGAAUUAAAUUAGAUGGCUCUCAUCCUGCUUUCUUAUAUGGCUAUGGGGGCUUCAAUAUAUCUAUUACACCAAGCUACAGUGUAUCCAGGCUUAUUUUUGUGAGGCACAUGGGUGGUGUGCUAGCAGUAGCUAACAUUAGAGGAGGGGGUGAAUAUGGAGAGACAUGGCAUAAAGGUGGUAUCCUGGGCAAAAAGCAAAACUCUUUUGAUGAUUUUCAGUGUGCUGCAGAAUAUCUUAUUAAGGAAGGUUACACUUCACCAAAGAGAUUAACAAUUAAUGGAGGCUCAAAUGGAGGACUUUUAGUGGCUGCUUGUGCUAAUCAACGCCCUGACCUCUUUGGUUGUGUCAUCGCCCAAGUUGGAGUAAUGGACAUGCUAAAGUUCCAUAAGUAUACCAUUGGCCAUGCCUGGACUACUGACUAUGGUUGUUCCGACAAAAAAGAACAUUUUGAAUGGCUUAGCAAGUAUUCUCCAUUGCAUAACAUCAGAUUACCUGAAGGGGAGGGUGUCCAGUAUCCAUCCAUGUUACUUCUCACUGCAGAUCAUGAUGACCGCGUGGUACCCCUUCACUCCCUGAAGUUUAUUGCAACCCUACAGUACAUUGUGGGCCGCAGCGGAAAGCAGACCAACCCUCUGCUCAUUCACGUUGAUACCAAGGCAGGCCAUGGAGCAGGAAAACCCACUGCUAAAGUUAUAGAAGAAGUCUCUGAUAUGUUUGCCUUUGUAGCACGGUGCUUAAAUAUCGAUUGGAUUGAAUAAGUGGAAUUCUCAGCUCCUAUUGUAUCCCCAAAAUAAACCUCAAGGGCUUUUAACCACCAUUUACACAGAGAAACCAGUGGGCAUAGUACUUGUAUUUGAGAACACUGUUCCUCAUACCCAAGAACCACAGUUCGUUCUUCCAGUGCCCCAAAUUGCUGUGGGAAUUUUACCUUUUUUAAAAAAGGCUUCUCCUUUUUAUCAUUCCCUGGGAGUGGCUUUUUCUGCCAUAUUCAGACAUAUGUUUAAAAAAAGAAAAAAGCAUGUUUAGACAAAGAGCUAAAUUGCAGCAAAUGCUGAUGUGAACACUUAGAUUUCCAGAGUUUUAAAAUGGUAGUCAAGCUGCCUAUGAAAACCUCUUAAUGUUAUUUGCUCCCAAAACCUUAUCCAAGUCACCUGUAAGUAAACAUAAGAACUGUAAUAACACAAAACCAAAAUUUCUUUACAACCAUAAUAAAUGUUAUUUAUGAAUAGGAGGCUUUAUUUCUGGUUCUUUACAAAUUACUGGUGGGAGGGAUCACUAAAUUUCUAAUCAGACUGGAUUAAAUCAGUUUUCUCUCAAAAUAUGAACUUUGCCCAGCUUUGCAACAAUAUGAUUUUCAAAAUUUAAGUCAUUUUAUAUUCUUUGGAUUAACAGCUGUGUUUUUUUUUGUUGUUGUUGUUGUUUUUCAGUAUUUCACUCUUCCAUUGUCUGUACCUACCUCCUAACAAGCUCUUUUUUGUUUAAAUGCCUCCUAUAAAAAUGAAUGGAAACUGGAAAAUGAUGGCUGAUUCCUAAAAUGCAAAUUUUAAUUCCUUUCCUUAAGUUUAAAAAAAAAAAAAAAAAAAAAAAAGACUUGUGGAAAUCCCAGGUCCUUCCACCUCUCAUUGCUAU